CCAAUCACAUCCUGAUAAUAGGAGAACAACAACCUUGCCAGCUGACAGAAAGAAAUGAAAAGGCAGAAACACAGAAGUGGUUUUCACACGACCGUGACACUAACUUCCAUCGUUAUUGUAACUCUAUGGCGGCCGCGACAUGGUGAGACUUCAUCGUUCGGAGGCUCCACUGCAGAUGGACUACUUGAACGUGCCUCAAGCUUCAAGCAAAGAAGGGACAGAGGCAGAGACCGGCAGAAACGUGUACAGACUCGUCGCUGUGAGCCUCGGAAUCCUGUGUGUCCUCCAAGCUGCUCUCAACAUUUCACUACGUCUUACUUCUCUGUAUUCUGUCAGUGAAAUAGACAAAUUUGCUGCGUGUGCAAACUCCACUCUUGAGAAAGAACUGAAAAGAAAAAUCUAUACUAUUGAUCAAUAUGGACAAGAAGGGUGGGUAUAUUUUCGCUCCAGUUUGUAUUACGUCUCUUCCAUGAGGAAAACGUGGCACAGCAGUCAACUCGACUGUAUGAGGAAAGAUGCACACCUGGUGGUUGUCGACAGCAGGGAAGAGCAGGAGUUUCUCAGAAAAUUCAACAUUAUGGUGUGGAUCGGGCUGAGAGAUCGCAGGGGCACGUGGUAUUGGAUCAACGGGUCUCAGCUGAAAACAAGCUUCUGGGCUCCAAAUGAACCCAAUAAAUAUGAAGGCAAAGAAGAAGAAUGUGUACAAAUACGGUACAAUGACAAUAUAAACAACUGGAAUGAUGUCAUAUGUGAUGAACAACAUUUUUGGAUUUGUGAAAAAAAGGUGUGAUGCAACUGUUAGUAGAUACAACUAACUCUGAAACAAUCUCAUUUCAUACAUAUUGCAGUGCUUUGAUAAUUUUAAAAUGGUCUGAUCUGCUUUGUUUCCUAUUACAAACAUUGAGCCUUUGUGGAGAAACCACUGGGCUGAAUAAAGAAUACUUUUUUGUGCCAUGUGA